AUGAUCGAGUCAGUCUCGUCGCCUGAUUCCGUUAUAGGAGUCAGAAAGAAAGCGUGUCGUGUCUGUCACAAGCGAUUCUCAAAAGCUGAACAUCUCCGAGUAAGCCUUACGUCCGUUGAGGGACCGAUUUGCCGGUUUCAGUCCUGGCACACAAAUUCCGAGGCUAACAACGUCUACUCAAUAUAUUCAAUAGAUACUGGCUCAAAGCCCUUCGCGUGUGGAGAUUGCGGACGAGCGUUCGCAAGACAGGACGCUCUAACCCGCCAUGAAAAGCUACACAGGCGUAAUGGACACGCAAACCAUGAUCCCUCGACGUCCUCGUUACCAACUCCUUCCGCGUCACUGGACUUGAAAUCUUCAUGUUACGCCAAUGCAUCGACCUCUUCCGACCGGAUAGCAGCGACAUCAAGAUCAAGGGACCCAGGCGUCGAGUCUGAAGCUGAGACGCACCAGGAUGUGCGCAAUGAUAUAUCCGAUUUUGACUUUGAUCUUAUUUGGCCAGAUACGGAGAAUCUGUUCCAAAGCAUUGUGGCCGCUGAUGAAUUAGACCAUUGGAAAAUGCUCUCCGGGACAUUGCCCUUUCCACUCAUCGCACAAGAUAUCAAUGGCGCGAGUCCGGGAUUCCCUGUUUCGUUUCACGAGCGAGACUCACCAGUUGGUGCAAUCCCGCAUGGCGGCGGUCAUAGGGCUGUGCAAGAUGUCACUGAGCUAGUUGCAAACUCCUCUUCGUGUAUCACAGCGGCUGUCAAGGCAACGUCAAUUACUUCGGUCUUUCUCGACGAGUGCCUACACAUGUUCUUUGUGCGAUUCGUGCCUACCUUUCCAGUGUUGCACAAGUCAACCUUUGUUUUUCGAGAUUGCACUCAUCCUCUCCUCCUGAACGCUAUCGCGAUCGGUUCCCUUUACCUGGGUCCUUCUGACUCUAUUGCCAAGGGAGAGACCCUAUGGCGGCUGGCUCAUACAGCUGUUGCAACUUCUUGGCAAUCCCUCAUCACUCACAUUGGCCCUUACGACCCAUGCCAGGGCGUCCAAUUGGUGCUCGCUGCAUUACUGGGCCAGGUCUACGGGGCACUAUCAAAGAACCGUGCCAUCAGAACCACCAGCCAGAUACUCCGACCUCUUGGGUUUUUCUGGGCACGCCAUUGUGGUAUGUAUGAUUGCAAAAGAUACUCAUCGAUAGAUCUGCCACAGCCGGAAGCCUCACCAGAGGAGAAAGAGGUACAAUGGCGCACGUGGGCAGCUUGUGAGAUUCAACAACGUGCCUUGCUGGCCCAUUAUGUUCUCGAUGGACUUUUGGCACAGAUGACCGGGAACGAGUCGUCUGCCCGUCACGUAUUCAAUCCCCUGAGACUUCCAAGCAGCGAAGCGGCCUUUGACGCAAAUACUGCUGACGAGUGGGUGGCCCAUAUGCGCCUCCAAGGUCAAGAACACUCCUCCUUCCAAGACGUCUUUCGCUUGCUGUUCUCACAGGGCGGCAAUUCAAGGCCACUCGACUUUCCAUUCUCAUCGUUCGCACUUCGCGUAAUUCUUGAGGGUCUCCAAUCCCUGGUUCCCGAGGGAAAUGAGCACGGUGGCGUGUUCGGUAUUCCCACUCGAUCAGAUGUACGCCGCGCACUGGUCCGGGUCCAUGAGACCAUCUCAAUGUGCAUUCAAUUUUCCGCAGCCGAGAGACUCGAGAUACUUCUCAGAUGGCAUACAGUCUGUCUUGACACCAUGAUCAAUUCUACAACCUUGUCCCGCAACAUCUGCGAUCAGUGGAAGGUUCCCCAGCAUGUCUGGGGAAGCUGCCUAAGCGUCGAUUUUCCCUUUGAUCUGUCAAGUUGGGCUCGUACCGAGGACGCUCGUCGGGCGGUUCUCCACGCCGUGGCCAUCCAAGAUAUCGUUGAACAACUUCCAAGGGGAAGAGCUCACGUUAUCCAUAUGCCUAGCUCCUUGUUUGCAGCAGCGACUAUCUACAUGGCCUUUUCGCUAGCUGGUAUGGCCACGCUGAAUCUUCCUCGUACGGUCGUAUGGCAAGAUUCUCUUGUCACUCGUGCAGAACUCAAUCUUGACCGUGAUGACAUACCCCGUGUGUCUGGAUCUGAGACCCGACGAUUUGUGGAGCAUGGGCCAGGGAUCCCGUCACUCGGAUGCAGCCGGCGAAAUCUUUUAUAUGAGUUGAAUUCAAUGCAGAAGCUGUUCCGCUGUCUCUCUUCACAAUGGGGCAUCGCACAUGACAUGGAAAGUGUUGUUGCACAUUGGAUUCAACUUUGUCACUAG